AUGAUUUCAAACACCAGAAUAGAAACACUAGAAUGUAAAAACUUAUUAUCAGCAAGAAAGCAACCUGAAGUUGUAGAUAAACUUGUGAAAAGUGAACUUGAGAGAGGUUUCUUGACUGGACCUUUCGAAGAACCUCCAUUUACCAACUAUAGAGUGAGUCCAAUCGGGAUUACAAUGGGAAAGUACUCUAAAAAACCUCGGUUAAUAGUUGACUUAUCUUCACCACAUGACAGUGAACAUGCAAGUGUUAACUCUCUGAUCAACAAAGAAGAAUGCUCCCCAUCGUAUGUGAAGAUAGAUGAUGCCAUCAAAACAAUUCAAAGCCUGGGGAAGGGAACAACCAUGUGCAAAACCGAUAUAUCAGACGCUUUUAAAUUGGUACCAAUCUUACCCUCUCAGUGGCAUUUGUUCUGUAUCAAAUGGAAGUCAAACUAUUAUUAUUACAACAAAUUAUCUUUUGGAUGUCGUUCUAGCCCUAAAAUCUUUGACAAUCUAUCCCAAGCAGUAUGUUGGAUUGCCACCAAUAACUAUGGUGUAAAGCAUAUACUCCACUUGUUAGAUGAUUUCAUCACUUUCGAACGUCCAGAGGAAGACGGAGAUACUAAUAUGAAACUUUUGUUUCAUAUAUUUACAUCACUCAACAUACCAAUGGCGCUGCAUAAAACUGAAGGCCCCACAACAUGUUUAGAAUACCUAGGUAUAAUUCUAGAUUCUGAAGCUAUGGAAGCCAGAUUACCAGGUGACAAGCUGUCCAGAAUUAAGGAGUUUCUUACCUCUUUUUAUUCACAGAAAAGCUGCACUAAAAGGGAACUCUUACAGUUAUUAGGCCACCUUAAUUUUGCAAGCAGAGUUAUACCACCGGGAAGAUCCUUUGUGUCUCAUCUCAUCCGACUGUCUACAACAGUCAAAGAACUGCACUAUCACAUCACAAUUAAUGCAGCCUGCAGGGAAGACAUAAGGAUGUGGCUAACAUUUCUGAAUGGUUGGAAUGGCAUUAAUUUGUUCUACAAUGUGUCGCAGAUCACAUCAGAAGAACUUAAUCUGUUUACAGAUGCUUCAGCUACCUUGGGAUAUGGUGGAUACUUCAGAGGACUAUGGUUUUCUUCAUCUUGGUCAGAUGAACUAGUACCUUUAUUAAAAACCUGGAUGCAAGAUGAAGAUGGCGUAUCCAUAGCCUUCUAUGAACUAUACCCUAUAGUUGUUGCUUCAAUUCUAUGGGGGGUAAUGUGGAAAAAACAAAGGAUAAUUUAUGUGUGA